GACCUUUUUUAAGGCAUUUUUUCAACCCUUCCUAGCGCCCAAACUAUUAAAGUUUUUUUCUAUGAGCUGGCCUUGAAAUAUUGGGCCAUGCACAUGCAUUUCAACACUAUAUCUAUUCUCUAUGGCAUUUUUCUAGGGGGGGGGGCGCCAAACGCCCCCCAGCUAGGCUAUACAUAGAUUCAGACCCCCCAGCCUUUAUAGGGUUAAAUCUGGGACUAAAUUUAACGAAUUUUAACUGGAUUCCGCCGGUCAAAUUUGAAUCACCGGUUUAAACCUUUUCUGAAUCUUUAACUUUUAUUUGAACCAGCAGUAGGCACUUCACCGACACAGCUAAGAUUUAUUAUAAAUUCGUUUUCACAAGAUGUAUUAACCAGAACAAAUAAACUACACUUUUACAAUUACGUAAAAUAGCAAUACCUAGAAAAGAUUUAAAAUAUGAAUUUUUCAAAAAUCCAAUAUUUCAAUAACUCUAUGAACAACAAAAUCUGUAGUCUGUUUUCCAUGUUAAGACUUGUACCGGGAGAAGUUAUAGGCGAGUAUACAAGAUACCAGGAGAAAUCCCACAAACAUCUUUAUCCACUAAAGGAGGAAGGUGAAUAUGGUCCAACCCCUGUUUAUAAAUCCCCGGGCAAAUGGAAACCUCCUCCACAGUAUGAAAAGAGAGAAAAGAAACCGAAGAUGUAUGCAAGUUACGCAGUUGAUCAUGAGUGUGCAUUCCAUGGUCACAAGAUUGGUAAGUAUGAGAGGACUGGUGGCGAGGAGGGUGUGGCGCCACGCCUUCCCUCCAGAGAACCCAGCAUUCCACGGUAUACAAGAGCUCUAUCUGCACCAAUAGAAAAGGCUCCGCUGAGAACUGUUACUGUUCGGCAAACCAGCCUUCCUCCAAUAUAUAAUAACCAGGUUAGUGUUCAGCAAACCAGUCUUCCUCCGAUAUACGUUAACCAGGUUAGUGUUCACCAAACCAGCCUUCCUCUGAUAUACGUUAGCCAGGUUAGUGUUCAGCAAACCAGUCUUCCUCCGAUAUACAUUAACCAGGUUAGUGUUCACCAAACCAGCCUUCCUCCGAUAUAUGUUAACCAGGUUAGUGUUCACCAAACCAGUUUUCCUCCGAUUUAUGUUAACCAGGUUAGUGUUCAGCAAACCUGUCUUCCUCCGAUAUACUUUAACCAGGUUUAUGUUCAGCAAAUCAACCUUCCUCCGAUAUAUGUUAACCAUGUUAGUGUUCAGCAAACCAGCCUUCCUCCAAUAUAUGUUAACCAGGUUAGUGUUCAGCAAACCAGCCUUCCUCUGAUAUAUGUUAACCAGGUUAGUGUUCAGCAAACCAGCCUUCCUCCGAUAUAUGUUAACCAGGUUAGUGUUCAGCAAACCAGCCUUCCUCUGAUAAAUUUUACCCAGGUUAGUGUUCGGCCGACCAGUCUUCCUCCGAAAAAUUUUAACCAGGUUGUAUAAAAGAAUGGUUAGGUU